CUGUUAAAGGUCAUUUCAUCAAACACCGCCCUUAGCGCCUUUUAAAAAUAGGGACAAAGUUGCAGGAUAGAGCGCAGCGUGCCCCACGCCUUCCGCACGUUCCUCGGCACAGAACAGCCCUGGCGAGAACAGGGCCUGAGAAAAGUUAAUGUAUGAAAACUCUUUCUUACAGAAUACGGCUCAAAGGAGCGCAGAAAUAUUUUCUGGUUUUCCCCGCCCCGGAGUUCGGGAGGACGGAAGGCAGUGAGUGGCUCGGUUUGUGUUCCAGCCCGGGGCUCAGCCGUGUCCCUUCCACCGUGGGCUGGGAGAGGUUGAUCACUCUGCUCUUUAUGUUGUUUCCAAUUUCUUUCCUAUACAGCUUCAUUCUUGGACAGCGACCCAAGAAAACACAUCAGAAGGAAUGCUGGAAAUACCAUUGUGACAAAAACAAUCCAUCCUUCCCUUGGAAUUGUCUUUGUACAACAUUACGUUUUAGUGCUUAUAGUUCCUAGGAUCAAUUAAAUCAAGUUGUUUGGGAAGAUAAUCAGUAAUUUCAAAUGGCAGUGUGGGAAUGUCCAGACAUACAUGGGAAGUGAUGCAAUUUCCACCCUCAGUGCAAACACUUCCAUGAUUUCUGUGCUCAGCAGGUGUUAAGUUUGGUAUUUGAGAAGAUAAAACAGUGGCUGCACUUAACUGCUUCGCUUGGAAGUGAGGAUAGUGGUAGAUGCCUACUGCUCAUUUGUUACAAGCAGAAAGGAAAGCAUUUAGACAUUAAUUUUUUGCUAGCUGCCCAAAUUACAUAAGUCAUAUAAAGCAGCAAAAAAUAGUUUGCAGGCUCAAUAAUGUCUUUGUGUUCCAGAGAAAAGAGGCAAACUGGUAUCAGUGUUAAGAGUACUUUCUUUGUUCUCUCCCACCUUCAAACUAUUGGACUGUGUCUUUACAGGGCAUCGACUGACAGAUGUUCCUGGUUUGAAAAGGAAGAAUUAAAUGAGUGUGAAAAAACCUGGCUGCUGCUACUGAAAGACAUCAGUCAAGACUCAGAGUGCACAAACUGGGACACAGUGCCCAGCUUUCCAGAGUUCCUGGAAAAGAAACAGCAGGAGAAGAGUCCAGAACACCAGGAAGUCUUUACAGUUGGAACUAAGGACUUUCAGUGGGUGUCAUUCCCACCUUUUCACCAAGAAAAAUGUCUGAACCCCACGGAUCUGAGCUCCCAGCAGCCAGCACAGAGCCAGAGCAAUGAAUUACAUAAAGGCCAGGGCCAAGCAGAUAAACUGAAGAGUUUAUCAUCCACAGCUGAGAAAACCUGCAGGGGAACCAGUAGAGAUGAAGCCAGACCUGCAUGUGGAGCAGACACAGAAGGUGUUCCAGAGCUGGCUGUGAGCCCCAAGCCGUGUGAAGUCCCUGGGCACAGCAGCUCAGCACAGCCCUCAGCUCUGGGCCCUCAGCAGCAGCACACAGGGACUGCACAGAGCAGCAGGGCAGGCAGGAGAGAGCAGGGUGAGGAAAAACCUCAAAUCCAAACACACCAGGGGGAGCUUCCAGCAGGGGAGGGCACAGGGGUGCCUGCGGAGAAGCCUCAGCCCAGGAAUGCUCCUGAGAGCCACGAGGAGAAAAUGGAAAACCAGAGUGAAGCAUCUUCAGCUCUUGACAGCUGUCCCAUGUGUCUGAUGCAGUUCAGUGGAAGGCUCUCCCAGCUGGACAUCGAUGGGCACCUCGCCAGGUGCCUGUCUGAGAGUGCAGAUGAUGUCAUGUGGUGACUCCAGCACAGCACCCAGGCAAGGAUGAAGCUCUCUCAAAGGAACAGGAAAAAUGUGCCAGGAAGCACAUCCUUGUCUCUGACAAACCAGGAACUCAACACGAGGAUAAGUGCCACCUGCCUGUUUGGUUUUGGUUUGGUUUUAUUUUAUUUAUCUCUUUCAGAGGUCGGACACAGCCCAUUGCACUGAUAAAUAAUAACAGUCUGUGAACUUUUUCAUUAAAGUCUUUAAUAGAUGUGCAAGAAUAUAAAUGAUCUCAGCUGUUAUGGAUUAGUAUACCAUCUUCUGCACAAUUAAAACUGGUCAGCAAAGAUCCCAACUAAUUAAUUAUACAAAACUACAAGAACAUAUUUACUGUUUUACAAUCAUUAAAUUAGCUAGAAUUUUCAUUUACUAUUUCAAAUAAGACAACUAUAUAUCAUUACCAGAUCCAUUUGUAAUAUAUUAGGAUUUUUUUUUCCAAACCACACAUUUAAUUACAUCCUUCAUUUUCUUUUAUUUAUAAAACAAGUACUUUAUAUAAAAAAUUUCCCCUUCAUCAUGAACAGAACAUUAUUCAAACACUUGCACAUGAGCAACCAAACUUGUACCCAGCAAACUAUUUGGCAACACAGCAACAUUGUAAAUGCCUGUAAAUUCUUAAAUAAAAAUCAAAUAUUCUUUACAAUGUUUGAUUAGCAAAAUGUGUCUUUCUAUUCUUCCUUCCCUCCCUCCCAAAAUGUUCUGAAACCUGGAAAAAAAAGGUUUAAAAAAAAACCCCAACCCACAUUUCUAAUAUUUCCAGUUUCAAGUUCCAUGCCCUGGCAUGUCAAAGGACAGCUUGACCUGUCACAGUUCCUUUCAUGAGCUGCCUGCAGUCACUCUGAUCACUCCUGAUUAGCUUCAGUACCAGGGGAGUUCAAACCACUGAACAGGAAAUUAUUCGGGGGAAAUAAAACAAGAGGGAAAAGGGGAAAAGGA